CUGUAGUCUGUAAUCGUUUUCUUUAAAUGUUCUACAUUUUGUACUAAAUAAUAAAUAUAAUUCUUUAUUUUUAUCGCAUGCAUCAUGAAAUAGAUCUAUUUUGUUGUGAAUUGUGAUUGUAACCUGUAGUUAACAAAAUAUUAAAGUACAAUCUCGAAUUUUGAUACGCUGAUACUUUGAUCCUGUAUUUUAAAUAAUUCUGUUUGGUUAUAUAUUUUCUACAAUAAUUUAUUGCUAAUUCAAUUCUUUAGAAAUUGGAGCACUGAUCUGUGAUAAAUCGUUAAACGUGAUAGAUAUUAUAUUUAUUUACGAUUGUAUUAAUUCAAAUCCUUAUUUUUUACUAAAUUGGAAAUAAGUAUGUAUAAAAGAAAGUUUCCAAAAACUGUGGUUGAAAAUGCUUCGUCACAGUUGCAUAAAAAGUCUACAAUUUCUUCUUUGGAUGGUAGCACACCAAGUAUGUCUCUUACAUGCACUAGCACUAGUUUGAACGAUAAAUCGCCAGAAUCGCCAUCAAUAUUGGAUGAUUUUGAUCAUUUUCCUGUCGUUAAUAAUAUAAAUACUAUAGAUGAUAAUGAUGUGGAUGAUAUGACAGAUUGUUCAGAACCUUUAUUUAAUGACAACAAUGAUGUUUAUUCUUAUUUAAAACAAACAUUGAUGAGUUGUGGCUUACAUUUAAAAAAUGAUCAAAAUAUUUUGUCCGUUAAAGAGAACAAAUUCUUGCAAAAUAUUAAAUCCAAAUUAUCUAAUGACUCUGAAGAAAUUGGUGAAAUUGAUGUUGUUAAUAAGUUUUUUAAAGAGUUUGAAGCAUAUCACAGUGAUAAAAUAAAUCUUAAAAUAGCUCUUUCUCCAUAUAAAACUAUUCCAGAAAAUAAAUUUCAACAACAAAGAGAUACUUUAGCUCGUCUUUUACUUCAAGUGCCUCAACUUCAAUCAAUUAUGAUUGAUUUUUUAUUCGAUAAAAUGGCUGAAAUAACUUUAGAAGAUACAACUGAUAAUUCAGUUUUUCCAGUACAAAAAUGGAUACGACUAUUGAUUAGGCCAUUUAAAUAUCUUUAUACUGUAUUAGAUUUGAGAAAAACUUGCAAUAAAUUAUUUGACAGUCUGUAUGUCAUGUCUGAUGUUGACAUAAAAAGGGAGCUUAUUUUAUCAAUUCCAGAUAUAGUACUUGAUAGUGAGGAUCACGAUGCACUUGAUGAGUUAUGCAAACUUCUUAGAAAUGACAAAGAAUUAAUGGCCACUAUUUUGGAGACCAUUAAUCAAUUAAACAUCAGCAAAGAUGAAUUAUCAUUAAUUCAAAUAGAUAUGAUACCUGUUAUUCAUCAUACUCCACCAGAUAUACUACCAGCAUUGGUCAGAUUUUUAAUUAAAGUAUAUGAUCGUGCUGUAGCCGAAAGAAUUGUGAAUGGUUUAAGAUCAGAACUUCCAUUUUCAACGCCAGAAAGUAUUUCACAAAUUUCAACAACUGAUAAUUUAUUGAGCAUACAACUUAUAAUUUUCAAUUGUAUACAUGAUAAGUUUUUGUCAUGCAAAUUAUUAUUGGAGGUUUGGAUAAAGACAAUAAGUCAAAUACAAUCCCAUGCAGAACACAUACCAUUAGAUGUUGUUAUUAUGUUUUUGGCAUAUUCAGCAUCGUUUAAUGUUCAUUCAAUGAAAAAUACUGUUUUGUCAAUUUUUAAAGAACGCUUAAAGAAUGGAUUUAUUCGCUCAGAAAUUAUUGUGAAGACUUUUCAAACAUUUACUCCAGUAUUCAAACAGUAUUUUGAAAUGUUCAUUGAUUUAUUUUCCAAUCUUCUUAAAGCUACUGACCACGUUUCUAUUGAAAUUGUAUCUAGUAUGAUAGUUAACUGUUUUGAUAAUAUUGAUCAAUGUUGGUGUAAAUGGAUUGUGGAUGAACUUCUUGUUUUAUUGGGAACAGGUAACAAGUUAACUAUCGAAAAUGUAUUAAAUAUACUAACUGAAUUAACUGAAAAAAGGAUUGAUAAAAUUCAACCAUUAGCUACUCGUUUAAUGUAUGUUUUUAUGAAUAAAGUGCACGAUUUUUCUACAAAAGACAUAGCUCAAGUCUUAGACAUGUUGUGUAAAAUUGCUUACUCAGAAGGCCCUGACGGAAUUAACAACUGUUCAGUAUUCCAAGAUGAGAUAAAUAUAUUUGUACAAAAAGAACUUUGUUCCCUUAACAUUGUAUCUCAAAGGGUUGGAAUCAUUGGUGCAAUUAUGUUAAUAAAACACAUAGUUCUAUUGUCUCCUGAUGAAGAAAAUAUCUUAAUUGAUAGGGCUAAUGAUGAUAUUUUACUUACUAAAAAAGCAAAAGAAGCUUAUUCCCUUAUAGAAUUAUUAGUCACAAGAACCCAAUCAGAUACAGAUUCUCAAAUUUUAUUUUUUGAUCAAUUUUCACUUAUGUUAUUUCAUGGUCUUCCCUUUGAUAAAACUUUUAUGUAUGCUGUAUCUUCAGUUAUGAAAAAAAAUUUUCAAUACAGUUUUUUGAUUGCUGCUAACGAUUUUAAUAAUGAAAACUAUUUAGUUGACUGUUCUUUAACAUUUUGCCUUGACAAAGAACUUGAUGAGAUUAUUGCUGUCAAUUUAUGUCCUAAAGUCAUUGGUGAAAUGAAAAAACUUGAUAAUGCAAUAGUGAUGGGUUUACAAAGUUGCCAUUCAAAUGCUUUAACAUCAAUGUUUCGUUUAGUCAGAGGUUUGGAGCGUGAAGAUUUAACUGAAAUUGAUGCAUUAUUAGGAUGUCCACUUGUAAUGCCUACUAGUAAAACUAUUGAUGAAUUUGAAAUGUUAUCUCCAGAACAACAAAGUGUUGUAGUCCAUACACUUUUUCAUGCUGUCAAUUGGUUUCAUGAAGUUAUUAAUUGUUUUUCUUAUUUAAUUAAACAAAAAAAUGGUGACAAAGUACUUAUUAGAUUAAGAACUAUAAUAUAUUUAAUUAAAACAAUAAAAAAAUGUUUAUCGGUUAUGUAUGAACCCGAAUACAUUCCCCCUUUUUGUUAUUAUGGAUUGAAUGUAGAAAAGCCAAACUUUAAUAAAAAUAAAAAAAAAUCAUUAAAACCUAAGAAGAAAAAUACUAAUGCAAAAGGAAAGAAAACAGUAAAUGAAAAAAAAAAUGUUUCUCUAGAAUCAACAAAUUCAUCAAAUUUUAAUAUUACAAAUUUAGUAGAAGAUGAAAAUGAUGAUGACGUUUUAGAAAAUGAAGUGGAUCUUAGUAUUUAUAAUCAUUAUUUUCGUGAACUUGAUAUUGAUACUUGGCUUAUACUGACACAAAAGUUUGUAAUUAAUCCUGAAUCUGAACAGAAUGAAGAAUUUACACCUGAAUUAGGUCCCUCAGAGUUGCGUUAUUUAAUGGAAGAUGUAUUACAAAAAUUGGAGCAUGUUGUUUUUAAAAACAAAAAGAUGAGUCCAUUGGUUAAAAUUAAAUCUAAAGAUAUCAUUGGAUUUAGUAGUGUUUCUUUAGUACCUACUAAAACAAUACUUAGAAAUUUUAUUAAACUUCUUCCAUACUUAUUUACUGAUUUAGAAAUUCUUUCAGAAUUUUUUAAGAAUUUAUUGAUGUCAAAUGACAAUAUACUAGAUGCCUCUGGAAUGUUUAUGCCAGAGUUUUGUGAUAUGAAACAUUGUGUUGGAUUAAUUUUGAAAUCUUUAGUGGUAUUAUUCCAAUGGAAUGAUUUUGAAUCUUCAAACACAGAUGAUCUUUUCAAAAAUGCCUUGAAAAAAAUAACAAACAGAACUGAUUUGAGCAGCCAGAGUACACAAUUUAAACAACCAUUAUGCAAAAAAAGAUUGAUCUCAGAUAAAAUAAAAUAUCUAAAAGAGUUUCAAAAUAUUAUACUACAUUUAGAUGCUGCUGUUAGUUUAGUUAGCAUUAUACAAAUCUUGAAAAAUUUUACAGAUGAACCAGAAAAUGAUGUUGUUUUAAGAGAUACUUGUUGGAAUUUUUUAACUCGGCAAUGGUAUUCAAUGAACGGUUUAGAAGAAAAUGGUCAAAAGUACAAUGAUCAAAUUAAAUCUUUACUUGAAAUAUAUUUGCAAUGUCAUACUGAUAAACUAAAAAAAUUGGUGGAAAUGGUCGAUUGGUUGGAAGUAGAAGUUGUAGGUAUGGAAACAAAGACUGAUAAACUAAAAACUUUGCCAACAAUUAAAAAAAUAAAUUUUAAGAUUUUAAUCAAAGUUGUACUAUACACUUUGUUAGAAUCUGUUAAAAAUGAUUUGAAAACUGCUGAAAGUGAAUUGGAGCGACUCAUUGUUUGGCAAUCAGCAAUUUAUGUGAUGGAAAAAAUAGUACAAAUUAUAAAAAAACAAGAUUCAAGGGAUAAUCUUCUAAUAUUUGUUAAAGGUUCUGUAUUAUUAUUAAAACUGUUCUUAGCUGAAGGUAUGACUGUAUGUCAAAAUUUAUUUAAAGUUCGUACUAAAGAAGUGUCAAAGGUUUUAAAAAACCUUCAAGUUAUCACAAGAUACAUACAAAAUAUUUGCAAUUACACAAAAGUGAUUAAAGAUAAUGCACUGAGUAAUUGCUUACCAAAUAUAAGAGGUAUUUUAGAAGCUCUGAUAUUGAAAGUGAAAAAUGUUAUUGUUAUGAAUGGUUGUACUGAUGCAUUGUUUAUGGGCAUUAUGAAAAACAUGGACAUAAAAGGAGAUGAAAUAACGUCACAGAAUGAUAGCUCAAAUGAUAGUGAUGGUGAAGAUGAUGAUGAUGAUGAUGAUGAUGAUGAUGAUAAUGAAAAUGAUAGGGCUGAAGCAAAUUAUUUAAUUCAACUUCUGGGCAACGAUAAAUCAUCAAAUGAUGAAGAUGAAGAUGAAGAUGAAGAUAAUAAUUCAUCAAUAUUAUAA